UUUGGGGAGCGGAGGAGCCUCCCUCUCCCUCUCUCCACCCCCCCCCUUUCCAAUCUCCAAGUCGUCUCCAGCAGCCUUUGCGCUCGCUUGAACAGCAAAGCGGGGAAUGGGAUCCCGACGGUCAGCGGCUCCUCUUGGGCGUGUGGAAACCUGAAGGCGCCCGUCUGGCUGGGAGAGGAGGAGGAGGGGUGCCCCCCUCACCCCCGAUGCCAAGGGGCAGGAGGAUGAUGGCCCGGGGCGCAGCGAGGGCGCCGUAAAGAUGCUGUGAGUGGCACCAAGCCAUCAAGUGAAUGACACCCCCGAGCAUCUUCCUGUCCUCUGAGACGGAGACGAAACACUUUCUUCCGUGAGAAAGGUGCCUUCUCCUUGCUCAUCCCGUAGAGAAGCAAAGAUGCAGCCUGAGAUCUGCAGACGUCCCAAGGAGCCUAGGCUUCUGGGUACGUGAGCUGCGAGGAAGCACCAUCGCCCAUUAAGGGACAGGGCGGCAGAAAGCAGCUCCCGCUACAGAAAUAAAGGACCCCUUCCUUCCCAGGCUGGCUUGCGUCAGGGAGCAUCACAGCAGGACGCCAGCCUGGAAGGUCAUGAUUAAAACCUGGAAUCUGCUUGGCUGUGAUUGAAGAAAGCAUUGAAACCACAGGUCCCCGUCGCGCAGAGAGUGAUGCUUGUUCUGUUCCAUGCCAUGGUCACGCCACUGCUCUGCGUCAUCCGUGCUGCCCCCCUUCCCAGCGCCAGUACCCAGUCCAACGCCACCGAUGUCCUCUGGGCCGAGACCCCCCUGAGGGACUGGGACCUCUUUUCUCCGCGAGUCACUCUUUCCAACAGCGAACCGGCAGAGCCGCCCUUGCUUUUCCUCAUGGAGGACUCGAAUGCCCAGCCGGCGCAGGCCGCAAACCGGACUCUCAGGUCCAAGCGGUCGUUGGACGGAUCCCUCCGCCGGGGAGAAAUGUCGGUGUGCGACAGCGUCAACGUCUGGGUGACCAACAAGCGGACAGCCGUUGACAUCCGCGCCAAAACCGUGACGGUGCUUUCCGAGGUCCAGACACUGACCGGCCCCCUGAAGCAAUAUUUCUUCGAGACCAAGUGUAACCCGGCUGGGGGCACGGCGAGCGGCUGCCGGGGUGUGGACCGCCGCCAUUGGAUCUCCGAGUGCAAGGCCAAGCAGUCGUACGUGAGGGCCCUCACUAUGGAUUCCGACAAGAUUGUGACCUGGCGCUGGAUCCGAAUCGACACCGCGUGCGUCUGCACCCUGCUCACUCGUACCGGUCGGACGUAGGGAGUACCGGGAGGCAGGCGACUGGUAAUCUACCUUUGUCACUUUGGG